UUCACUUUACUACUUUAGCUAGUAUGUGACAUGUAAACAUAAACUUUUUCAAACAGACAACAUAAUAUGCUUCACCAUCUUAAAAUAUAUAAUAAAGUUGAACCAUACAAUAAUAUUUAUAUACAAAGCUUUGCGCUUUGUCUUCCAUGAAAGUUCGCUGCUUUUUCCAAUUGCCAUCCAGCUGUUUUACCAUCUCUACUAGCUCGUUGACUCGCAGUCAACUUCCGAUACGCGUCGUCUUCAUCGGUCAGCCCACCAACCAAAGCUGCUGAAAAGCAUUUUCUCUGCCUUUGGUAUCCAAAAGAGACUUAUACAUUCUUGGUUUUCUUCUUUAAUUCAGUCACCCUCUUCGUUUUGGUUGAUUUUCGGGUUUUUCUUUUGGAUUUUGUUAUUGCCACCCUACUUGUUAUUUUUACUUACAAGAAGAUCAUCCCAUAUAAAGAAAUCAAAGUAUACAAACUCUGCCUUCGUUUUGAAGCUAUAUUCCUUUUAUAUUCAUAAGAGAUCAGAAAAUUGCAAGUGAUUUAAGCAUGGAGAUAUUUGUUUCGAUAGGCGCAAAAAUUAGUGAAUGCUUGGUUGAACCUAUUGCCCAUCAACUGGGUUAUCUCUUUUACUACAAAAGCAAUGUAGAGAAGCUGAGAACCCAAGUUCAGAAUUUGAAGGUUGUAAAAGAUAAACUGCAGCAUUCCAUUGAUGAGGCUAAUAGAAAUGGUGAAGAAAUUGAAGCUGAUGUUCUGAGUUGGAUGAGCAGAGUUGAUGGUAUCUUGGAACAGAUACACAAGUUUUUAGGAGAUCUUGAGGCCCAAACAAAUACUAGGUGUGGGCAGUUUCCUGAUUUUCCAUCACGGAAUCGAUUGAGCAGAAAAGCAAGGAAGUUGGCUCUGGAAAUUGCUAGUGAAAUCCAAACUUCUGGGGGAUUCCACAAGGUUUCUUACCUUCCUGUUCUACAAAGUACUUUUGAUGUCAAUGGUUAUGAGGCUUUUCAAUCUAGAAUGUCCACCUUCUGCAGAAUUAUGGAGGCUUUAAGGAAUCCAAGUUUCGACAUGGUUGGGGUGUAUGGUAUGGGUGGUGUCGGAAAGACUAUGCUUUGUAAAGAGGUUGCCAAAAGGGCCAAGGAACAGAUGCUUUUCAGUAAGGCUAUUAUGGUUACUAUAUCCCAGAAUCCAAAGCUGGAAAACAUUCAACAAGAAAUCGCAGAGAGGCUUGGACUGAAAUUGAAAGAGAAAUGCAUACCUGUAAGAGCAGAUCGGCUUAGACAUCGAUUGAGGCAAGAAAAGAAAAUUCUGGUAAUUUUGGAUGAUAUCUGGGAGAAUCUUGAGUUACAUGAUAUUGGAAUAUCUUUUGGAGAUGAUAAAAGGGGAUGCAAGAUUUUGCUCACCUCGAGAUCUCAAGAUGUAUUAUGUAAUGAUAUGGGUGUUGAGAAGAAUUUCUUGGUGGGAGUUUUAUCUGUGAGGGAAGCAACAAAUUUGUUCAAGACAAUAGUGGGUGAUACAAUUAAAAAUCUAAGCAUCCAACCUUUGGCAACCGAGAUUAUCAAAGAAUGUGCAGGUUUACCCAUCGCAAUUGCAACAGUUGCAAAUGCGUUGAGAAAAAAAAGUCUUCCUGUUUGGAAUAAUGCAUUGCAAGAGCUAAGAAUGUCCACCCCAACUAACAUCAAAGGAAUGCAUGAAAAAGUUUACUCCAGUAUAAAGUUGAGUUAUGAUUGCUUAAGUGAGGAAUCAAAGUCAUUGUUGUUGCUUUGUGGUCUAUUUCAUGAAGAUGCUAACAUAGAUGGUGAGCACUUGUUGAGACUGGGUAUGGGUUGGGGUUUGUUUCAAUGCAUCCCAAAAUUGGAAGGGGCAAGAAAUAAGUUGCUUACAUUGAUUGAAGAUCUCAAGAGUUGCUGUUUGUUGUUGGAUGGUGACUAUAAUGGCUGUGUUAAAAUGCAUGAUAUCGUUCGUGAUGUUGUCAUUUCAAUUGCAUCCAAAGAUAGACAUAUGUAUAAUCUUAGAAGCAUUGCUGAGAUGGAUGAGUGCUUCAAUGGUAGAAAACUGAAGGACGCAAUUGCAGUUUCACUAUCAGAGCUUGACUAUGAUUGUCAACUUCCUGAAAGGUUGGAAUUUCCAAAAGUUCAAUUAUUUUGCAUGAGAUAUAAAAGUUUAUGCAUUCAGAAUAUUUUUAGGCAUUGGAUGUAUCCAUAUUUUCCAUAUGGUCAAAAUUUGGAAAUCCCACAUCACUUUCUUGAAGAAAUGAAGGAGCUUAGAGUUUUGGAGUUGAAUUUUAUACGUUUGAAACCAUUGGCUUCUUGUUUUGGUUUCUUUCAGAAUCUUCAAACGCUAUGUUUGUGGUAUUGUGAUAUGAGUGAUAUAGCUAUGAUUGGAGAGUUGAAGAAUUUAAAAAUCCUUGACCUUUCGGGAUCUUAUAUUAAAGAGCUACCAAAUCAGAUAGGUCAACUUACUCAUCUACAAUUGUUAGGUUUGAAGCAUUGUUCCAGCCUUAAACUGAUCCAACCCGGUACCAUAUCAAACUUGAUAAAUUUACAAGAGUUAGAUAUGGAAGAGAGUUUUAGAGACUGGGAUGUAGAAGGAGAUGGUGGUGAAAGGAGUAAUGCAAGUCUUAUUGAGUUAAAGAGUUUGCAUAAACUUACCACUUUACAUAUACAGAUACCAGAUGCCAGCAUUCUGUCUGAAGAAAUUUUUAGUGAGAAAUUGGAAAGGUAUAACAUAGUAAUUGGAGAUGUCCUUGUUAGAUACGUUGAUUUUGGAAUUGCAAGAAAGUUGAACCUCAAGCUCAAUAAGAGCGAUGUAUUUAAUGGGAAUGGUCUUCAAAUGUUACUGAAAAAGUCCGAAGUGCUGUAUCUCAAUGGAUUAGCAGGUUUUAACAAUGUUGUUCAAGAAUUAGAUGUGGAAGGUCUUCCACAAUUGAAGCAUCUCCACUUCCGAAAUAAUUUUGGAAUUCAAUACAUCAUCAACUCGAUGGAAGAGAUUCAUACUUGUUGUGCCUUCGUAAGUUUGGAGCUAUUACAACUUACAAAAUUGAUGGAUCUCGAAAAGAUAUGUCAUGGAAAACUUGCAGAAAAUUCUUUUGGUAGAUUAAAAGAUAUUGAAAUUCAUGAGUGUAAUAAACUGAAGAACCUUUUUUCAUUUUCCAUUGCUAAGGGCCUUUUGCAACUUGAAAAGAUUGAAGUUACAAGCUGUGAAAUGAUGGAGGAGAUAAUUAUUUGUGAAAGAGAUGAUAGAUCUCAAAACAUUGAUGAUGAAACUGUCCAAAAGAUUCAAUUUCCUCAACUGCGCACCUUGAAGCUGUGUAAUCUACCAAGGCUUAAACAAUUUUACUCUGUAGUGAAGACAAAUUGUAGAAACCAAUGGAAAGGCAAGCAAUUAAUUUCAGACUUUGCCAUGUCCUUUUUUAACAAAAAGGUCAGCUUUCCUAAGCUGAAAAACUUGACACUAGAAGGGUGUGCUACCAAUAAUGUGUUAUGGCAUGGUAAAUCUGAAGGCUUACAUGGUGGUGAUGACGAACUGACAUGUAUAUUUUCAGGCUUGAGAGGAUUGACGCUAUCUGAACUGCCCAACUUGGUGCACGUAUGGGAUGAGAACUGCCAAAUAGACAGAGCCUUCCUGAAUUUGCUUAGCUUAGAAGUAUUGAAAUGUGAUAGGUUAAAGAACUUGGCACCAUCUUGGAUAUCUUUCAGAAAUUUGAUGAUGCUGAAAGUGUCAAAAUGCCAUGGAAUGGUAAAUUUAUUGACUUACUCAACAGCUAAAAGUCUACCACAGUUGAAAAUAAUGUGCAUUGGCAUAUGCAAUAGCAUGACAGAAAUAAUUGCAAAUGAGGAAAAUGAACCAGAAGGUGAAAUUGUUUUCAGUCAAUUGGAAGCUUUGGAUAUCUGUCGUUUACCCCGCCUCGCAAGCUUCUAUUCAGGAAACUUUAUGAUGGGAUUUCCGAAACUGAAAUAUGUAGGCAUUAGCCACUGCCCUGAGAUGAAAAGUUUCUCUCAAAGAGCUCUGAGCACUCCACAGCUGCAUAAGUUGGCACUACUUGAUGAAGAAUGGGAAGAUGCAGGGUACCAUAGAGCUGAUGAUUUGGAAUGGCCAGAUGAUUCUAUAGCAUCGGAUUUUGAUGAGGAGAUGUUUGAUGACAAUAUGUACAGAAAUAAACCUGUACAAGAGUUGAUGGAGUGUGAUAUUAAUACAACCAUAAGACAUCUUUGGGAGAGGGACCAAAUUGGUCUGGCAUUACAGCAAUUAUUCACAGAAGAACAGUAAAAUCUAUAUGUAGCAGAUUUGAGGAAGAUUCUUGAAAGAAGAUUAUGAAGGUUUGAAGGAGAGGAGAGGAUCUAUCAUUCUUAUCCAGUUUGCAGCCAUCCAAUUCCAAACUGGUUUCUUUUUUCUUUUUUUUUUUUUCUUUUUUCCUCAUAAAUAUAGGACUUGUGUAUGGUACUAUUCUUUAUUUCUUAUCAAAUGCCAAAUAGUGGCACUACGUUUGCUAGAAUGGGCGGCCUCUCACUUGUGUUGGUGACUAGACUUUUUUGAGGCUCCUUUGAACCAAGGAUAUUAGUUUCUGUGUUCUUAAUUCAUAUUCAUGUAUACAAACAGUGUACAGAUCAAUACAAGUGCAAAUUUACACACAAGCACGACCAUUAUUUUA